CGACUCACAGAGAACACACACACACACGAACACACACACACACGAACACACACACUCACACACUCACACACACACACGAACGUGCUUAGGGAUUGGCUCUAACCCAAUACAGUACAGGUGAUCUCACCCUCCCGCCUCUGCUGAGAGGGAUAGGUGGCACGGGGGGGGGGGCUAUAAGAGAGACAAAGACGGAAGGGGACUUUGAUUGACAGGAGACAGAGGACGAGUCGCAAGUGGAUGUCCCACCGCCUGUGUGAGUCCCGACUCCGUAGCUGCUGGAGUCACGCUACCCACCCGCCCCCCAAAUAGUUCAGCUGCUGAGAGGGCAUUGAGAGGGCAAGGACGGCACCAUGGACGGGGAAUUAAGCAACGGCUCCGAGGGACGACUGCAGGCCUCGGCAAAGGAGGUGUCGUUUGGACCGAUCCGACUGCUGCAGGAUCCGAUUCAGGCGCUGCUGGUGUUUGCGCGCGAGGACAGCCAGAGCGACGGGUUCUGGUGGGCGUGCGAGCGCGCCGCCUACCGUUGCGCCAUCGCCCACUCCGCCGAGGCGGCGCUCAACCUCGUCCUGGCCUCCCACCCGGACCUCGUGGUCGUCGACGGGCGAAGCUCGCAGCACUUCAGCGCCGAGGCCGUGUGCAGGUCUAUAAGGGCGACGAAGGAUUCGGAGCACACAGUGCUGGUGGUAGUAACUAGAAAAAUACCGUCUGAUCAGGAGGAGGAGGAAAGCAUCCUGCCCCUGCUAACGGCUGGCUUCACACGGAGGUUCGUGGAGGACCACCGAGUGAGCGUCUGCUACAACGAGCUGCUUCAGCUGGAGCACGGGGAGCUCCGCGCCAGCUUCAAACUCAGGGCGUGCAACGCGCUGCUGGCCGCGCUGCAGCGCUGCCACGACGCGGUGGAGAUCACGAGCGAGGAUCACGUGAUACAGUACGUGAACCCGGCGUUCGAGCGCGCCACGGGAUUCUCGUCGGACGAGCUGGUGGGCCGCACCGCCCCGGAGCGCGCCCUCGGCUCGGACGCCCGCGCCCACGGGCAGCCGGCGCUCGCUCGCGCUCACGCUCACGGCUCGCGGAAUCAGCGGCGGGAGCGCGGCUCGGAACCCGACGAGCAGCAGCAGCAGCCGGCGCCGGCGCCGCCGCCACCGCCGCCGCCGCCGCCGCCAGAGGAGCCGCUCGCCGACGAUGACGACGAUGACGGCGACUUUGACGGCGGUGCGGACGAUGGCCAGCGGCGCCAGCGGCAGCGGCAGCGGCAGCAGCAGCAGGAGGAGGAGGAGGAGGACGGCGAUUUGAUCACGGACCAGCACAGCAAGGAAUGGAAGGGGACUCUGUACACGAAGUGCAAGUCAGGGAAGACGAUCAAACAGAUCGCAACGGUCAUUCCUGUCAUUGGGCAGGGCGGGUGGACGAGACAUUUCGUGUCCGUACGGUGCCCGUGCAGCGACAAUGCCACGCAGGGUGAAGGGAUACACAGGGAGGAGCGUGGGCGUGCGGGCAGCGUUCACACAGACGGACACUCACAGAGACACAAGGACCGGAGGAAAAGCUCUCUCGACGUUCGUUCUAACACGUCCCGAGGCAGUGAUGGAGGCAGCGUUCACCACCGGAGAAACUCGUCCAUGGCGCGAAUUCACUCGAUGACCAUCGAGGCCCCCAUCACCAAGGUGAUCAACAUCAUCAACGCGGCCCAGGAGAGCAGUCCCGUGUCGGUGGCGGAGGCUCUGGACCGCGUGCUCGAGAUCCUGAGGACCACGGAGCUCUACUCGCCGCAGCUGGGCUCGCGCGACGACGACCCUCACGCCAGCGACCUCGUCGGGGGGCUCAUGACGGAUGGGCUGCGUCGAUUGUCGGGAAACGACUUCAUUCUCUCCAAGAACGUGCACCACGCACAGAGUCCCCUGCGUGUGCCCACGGCGCCGGCGACGGGCGACGCGGCGGGGCCGCCCCCUCGCGUCGUCGAGGCGCUCGGCUUCGAGGACCGCUGGGACUUCGACAUCUUCGAGGCGGAGAACGUGACGCACAAGAGGCCGCUCGUGUACCUGGGCCUCAAGGUGUUUGCGCGCUUCGGGGUGUGCGACUUCCUGGGCUGCUCGGAGGCGACGCUGCGCUCGUGGCUGUCCCUCAUCGAGGCCAACUACCACUCGAGCAACUCGUACCACAACUCCACGCACGCCGCCGACGUGCUGCACGCCACCGCGUACUUCCUGCGCAAGGAGCGGGUCAAGGCGUGCCUCGACCAGUGCGACGAGGUGGCGGCGCUCAUCGCGGCGACGGUGCACGACGUGGACCACCCGGGGCGCACCAACUCGUUCCUGUGCAACGCGGGCAGCGAGCUGGCGGUGCUCUACAACGACACGGCCGUGCUGGAGAGCCACCACGCGGCGCUCGCCUUCCAGCUGAGCACGCGCGACGACAAGGGCAACAUCUUCCGCAACAUGGAGAGGAGCGAUUUCCGCACGCUGCGCCAGGCCAUCAUUGACAUGGUGCUGGCCACGGAGAUGACGAAGCACUUUGAGCACGUCAACAAGUUCGUGAACAGCAUCAACAAGCCGGGAGGGGGAGCGGACGACGCUGCCUCCGUGAAUGGUGGGGGAGGGGAGGGGGAGUCGAUGGGCCCUGGUUGCUCCCCGGAGAGCCGCCUGCUCAUCAAGCGCAUGCUCAUCAAGUGCGCCGACAUCUCCAACCCGUGCCGCCCUCUGCCGCUGUGCGUUGAGUGGGCGGGGCGCAUCUCCGAGGAGUACUUCGCUCAGACGGAUGAGGAGAAGCGCAAGGGGCUGCCCGUGGUGAUGCCGGUGUUUGACCGCUCCUCCUGCAGCAUCCCCAAGUCCCAGAUCUCCUUCAUCGACUACUUCAUCAGCGACAUGUUCGACGCCUGGGACGCGUUUGCCGACCUCCCUGACCUCAUGGAGCACCUGGGGCAGAAUUACCGCUACUGGAAGGGCAUGGACGAGCAGCAACUCAAGACGCUGCGACCUCCGCCCCCGCAGUGACGCACGCAAACACGCCGGCGCGGACGGGGAACGGACACGCGGACGCACUCGCACCUGGACCGCAACAACAACAACAACAACAGUCGCCAUUCGCCACCGAGUGGCGGCAACGUGACUACGACGCGCGGCGUGCGCGCCAGGCUGGGUGCACUCUGAGGCUGUGACUUGGGGGUGCGCAAGGCGCUCGCCGCUGCUGCUGGCGGGGAGGUCACGGGACAGACCCAGGUGCUAUGGGUUGACUGCGAGAGGACUGGCAGAUGGCCUCUGCCCAUGUUUCCCGCUGUACCACUUAGCAUGUGUUAUCCGGCCGGCGCUCCGCUGGACGUUGUGUGCGUGUUGCUCCUCCUCCUCCCUCCGUCGUUACUGUUGUUGUUGUUGCUGUUGUUGUUGUUGUUGCUGCAACAGACGGACGGCCACGUGGACCGAAACAAUGACGGCCAAGGGGAAGGACGGGCGUGGAAAUAGACACGGGGCACACGGACGUACGCACACCGUCCCUCCGUCCGUCUCCCCCCGGCCUGUCUUCGCCCCCCCCACCAAAGCAUUUGUUUGACGCUCCGUCUACCUGCACAGGAUUCUGUCCCAGUCUCGGUUUUCAACACGUCCGUCCGUCCGUCCGUCAGUCAGCACUUUGGACCGCACGUCCACGAGUCUUUCCGUCCGUCCGUUCAUCUGAAAUGCACUGGCAGGAGAAACCCGGGCGAUGAACAUCGUCGCUUGGCCAAUUCAUUAUUUUUAUUUUAAAGAAACUGUGAAUGCGUUUGCAAUGGCGCGAGAGAGAGAGAGUGAGCGUAAGCGGCGUGUGGGGUGUGUGUGCAGUGAGUGCAGUGAGUGCAGAGUGUGUAGGGUGAGCAGGAUGAGCAGGAUGAGCAGGGUAUGGAGGGUGUGCAGGGUGUGUAGGGUGUGCAGGGAGUGCAGGGAGUGUAGGGUGUGCAGGGUGUGUAGGG